AUGAAGAAUAUCAUCGUUCAGCUGGAGGCUCGAGUUCGGCUAUUGGAGCACGAGGCGAUGACAACCACGAUAUUGGACAGAACUCAUCAGGCAGUGGUGGACUACAAGGACAGUUCGGUGAGGAUAUCGCGGCUCAAGCUCGUGGCCGCCCGAAUCAGCCAGAUGUUGGAGCGAGCAGGACCAGAUCUGACAGGACAGUGGGCUCAAGAAACAGCAGUCUUCCCGCGCUUCGACCAGCCCAACAAGCCGAAGAAGUCGCGCCUUUUAUUCAGCUUGCGCGGAGCAACAUUGGUGCCCGACGACGAGGGCAGCGCGACGGAGCUUCUCCAGGCCAUCAGCGAACCCGACAGUCAGCUACACCAAGUGACGCCGCUGGAGAUGCCGACGGCGCUAUACACACUGCAGGGGAAGGCGCCCCCGAAGCCCCCGCGGCCGCUGGUGCCGCCGGCGCCGGCGCCGCGGCCCGUGCUGGCGCCGCCCGCGGCGGCCCACGGCGCUGCGCCGCCGGCAUCGCAGGCCCCAGCGCCAGGCCGCUCCCCCGAGCCCGCCGGGAGCGGUCCAGGUUGGCCUCCGCCGCAGCACCGGCAGGAUGCGCAGCAGGCGGCCGCGGGCGCGGCGCAUGGCCCGCGAGGCUGGGGCCCCGGCGCCCCCUCCGCCUGGGGCUCCGCCUGGGGAGGCGGCUCCGCGUGGGGCGGCGAGAAGGGCGGCGCGGCGGGCGGGUGCGAUGGGUACGCGGAGUGGGGAGCCGCGUGGGACGGAGGAUCCCCCCGCCCCGGGGCUUCGUCGUGGGCCGCCAGCUCCGGGGGCUCCUACGGCAGCGCCGCCGACUGGUGGGGCGGCAGCGCUGGCGGCUCUUACGGCGGGGCCCCAGGCCGCAGCGGCGGCAGGGCCCCCCCCGGCCCCUACGCGCACGCGCCCGGCAGGGGCGCCCCGGACGGAGGCGGCGGCUGCCAUCGGCAAGCAGAGUAUCCAGCGGCUACCACUCUGGCUGCCAAGGGCAGUGGCGCCAUCGGCGCUCCGCCCAGCUUGCGGCAGGAAGCCAUGGCGGCUUUUGCAGGCACCAGCUCCUGGGCUGACCACGCCCGCGGCGGCAGCUGCGCGGGCGCUUCGUCCUCGGGCUGCGGGGCGCGAGGGCGCGACGGAGGAGAUUACGGCGGGAACCACGCGUACGGCUGCGGCCUCGAUUGGGGCAGCGCGCGCGAGUGGGAUGGCAGCCACGGACGCGGCGACGGCGCCAUCGGGGCCCCUCGCGGUUCACGGGCCUCUUGGCAAGACGGCUACGGCCAGGAGCGGGGCGACGACGGCUGGCGGGGCGCGGGCGACGCCCGCGACGCGGAAGGCAAGGCCGCUUUCUUGUAUCAGUGA